GAAAAACCCUAAAGAUUCCCGCACGUGCGGAAACCACACACAAACGAUGCGCCACAGCCUCUCUUAUUAACUUAGUGGAACUGGGAAGAGAAGUGUGGUUGCAGAAGUUGACUCCUCUCGCUGUAGCGUCGCUGCCUCUGGAGUGCAUCAUGGAGCUUUUAUAACCAACGGCCACCGGCCACCGGCCACCGUUUAGUCUGGAGUAGAGAUUUUAUUACAAACGAGGUAGAUUCAUUCUAUACCUCAUCGGUUCGAAAUCAUUGUAGGGCUACUAUUAAAAUUGCAUUUCGAGGUCUCUUUCUGCUAUAAUCUACGAAAAAAAACUUGUAUGAAUCUUGUUCUUUAGCUGUUUCUCUGUUGCAUUCGUGUUUCUAUUUGUUAGGUUGUCUCGUUGUUCAAUUUGUCGACUUUUCUGGGUUUUAGAUCAAGAGAGGAAAAUGAGUAUUGGGCACUUAUAUGUUGUGAAUGUAAGAAACGAGGUUGUCUAUAGGUAUAUAUGGAAUCAAGAUCAGAUAGUUAGUAGUUUAAAGUUUAGGAGCUUUGUAGACAAUGGUAAAAGAUUGGUCUUUGCAAAAAAGAAGCAGAGACUUGUAGUCAUGAGCUUGUCUCAGCCACAAGGGUCAGGGCAGCAAUCAGCUGUGACAACCACUGGAGUCGCAAAAGAGGCUGGUAAUACUGUUGGGGGUAGUAUUGUUGGGGAGGAUGUUAGGGUUUUGGAGACUGAAUUUGAAGCAGAAAUUGAUAACAAUGGUGGUGAUGGUGGAAAUGGGAAAGCUAAUAAUGGUGGAAAUGGGAAAGCUAAUAAUGGUGGAAGAGGUGGUGGAGAUGGUAGUGGGGAUGAUGAAGGGGACGAUCAGGAUGAAAAGGAGUUUGGCCCAAUUUUGAAAUUCGAGGAGGUGAUGAAGGAGAUAGAGGCUCGAGGGGCUAGUCUUCCCUCAGAUAUGUUAGAGGCUGCCAAGAGUGUAGGAAUUCGGAAAGUUCUUCUCCUCAGAUAUCUGGACUUGCAGGGGUCAAGCUGGCUUCUAGGUUUUGCAAUGAGGUCAUGGGCAAUGCUACGCAACCGGAUGUUGGCUGAUCCAUCUUUUCUUUUUAAAAUUGGAACAGAGAUUGUCAUUGAUUCUUGCUGUGCUACCUUUGCGGAAGUUCAAAAGAGAGGAAAGGACUUCUGGGCAGAAUUUGAGUUGUAUGUUGCUGAUCUUUUGGUCGGGGUGGUUGUCAAUAUUGCUUUGGUUGGCAUGCUGGCACCAUAUGUUCGCUUUGGGCAACCAUCUGCAUCUAAAGGAUUCCUUGGAAGAAUGCAACAUGCUUAUGCUGCUCUGCCAAGCAGUGUAUUUGAAGCAGAAAGGCCAGGCUGUAGAUAUUCUGUGGGACAAAGAAUUGCCACGUACUUUUACAAGGGUAUCUUAUAUGGAUCAGUUGGGUUUGCAUGUGGCAUUAUAGGCCAAGGAAUUGCAAAUAUGAUUAUGACCGCUAAACGGAGCAUAAAGAAAUCAGAAGAAGACAUACCAGUGCCACCUCUUGUGAAGAGUGCAGUUCUUUGGGGAGUUUUCCUUGCGGUUUCUUCCAAUACCCGCUAUCAGAUCGUUAAUGGGUUGGAACGUUUGGUAGAAACAUCACCUUUGGCAAAGCAGGUCCCUCCCGUUGCAAUGGCUUUCACCGUUGGUGUGCGAUUUGCCAACAACAUUUAUGGCGGCAUGCAGUUUGUGGAUUGGGCUAGAUGGAGUGGGGUGCAAUAAGUGUACGCCUCGCAUAUUUUUAUUUUACUGUUGGCUAGGAAUAGCCUCUGUUUUACGGACGACACUCUGGAUAUUGAAUAUUUUUUCGAACUCGUUCUAAGUGCGUAGUUUCGCUUGGAUCAAUGCUAGAGUUAGUAAGAUACCAUUCUCUUUUAAUGAGUGGUCUUGCCGUCUGUUGGAAUGUAAGCGAAUGGGCUAGAACUCUUGGGAAAAUUAAGGAUUGAUGGCCAAGAACAGGGAAAAUGAUGGUGUAUCUGUUGUUUUGGAACUCAUGCGAGUUGUACGGGAUUUAAUACCCCAUGUACUCAGAUUAGUAAACUUAUUUUUGCUGAUUAAAAAAGAAAAAAGAAA